CUGCUCCUGGGUUAGGUAGGAAACAUGAGCGCCAACAACUUGGAUAAAAAUGAUGAGUUUGAUGAGCAGUUGCGAAUGCAAGAAUUGUACGGAGACAUCUAUAACGAUCCCAACGGAGAAACGGAUUCUUUGGGGCCACAACUGACUGACAGUCCGUAUGAAUGGGACCAGGAUAAGAAGGCUUGGUUCCCCCAGAUCACUGAAGAUUUCAUUGCUGCCUAUCAGGCUAAUUAUGGCUUCUGUAAUGAUGGUGCAUCUAGUUCCUUCGCUUAUGUCCAGGACUCCAAUAGUAAGCCUGUAGAAGAACCUUCACAAAGAAAAAUCCCUGAAUCCACUGAUUCCAAAAAGAAGGGAGAAAAAAGAAAGACCGACUCAGGAUGGUUUCAUGUUGAAGAAGACAAGAAUACAAAUGUGUAUGUGUCUGGUUUGCCUCCCGACAUUACAGUGCAUGAAUUUAUACAGCUUAUGUCCAAGUUUGGCAUAAUUAUGAAAGAUCCUCAGACAGAAGAAUUUAAAGUUAAACUCUACAAAGAUGACCAAGGAAAUCUUAAAGGAGACGGGCUUUGCUGUUACUUGAAGAGAGAAUCUGUGGAACUUGCAUUGAAGCUUUUGGAUGAAGAUGAAAUUAGAGGCUACAAGUUGCAUGUUGAGGUGGCAAAGUUUCAUCAGAAAGGGGAAUAUGAUGCCUCAAAGAAGAAGAAGAAGUGCAAAGAUUAUAAGAAGAAGCUGUUUCUUCAACAAAAGGAGUUGGAUUGGAGACCUGAGAGGAGAGCUGGUUCAUCUCGGAUGCGCCAUGAGCGAGUCGUCAUCAUCAAAAAUAUGUUCCACCCUAUGGAUUUUGAGGAUGAUCCACUGGUGCUGAAUGAGAUCAGAGAAGAUCUCCAAGUCGAAUGUUCUAAGUUUGGGCAAAUUAAGACACUCUUUCUCUUUGACAGGCACCCAGAUGGUGUAGCCUCUGUGUCCUUUAGGGAUCCCAAGGAAGCUGAUGAUUGUAUUCAAAUCCUUGAUGGAAGGUGGUUUGGUGGCCGUCAAAUCACUGCCCAAACAUGGGAUGGAACUACUGAUUAUCGGGUAGAGGAGACCUCAAAAGAAAGGGAAGAGAGGCUGAAAGGAUGGGAAGCAUUUCUCAAUGCUUCAGAGGCAAACAGAGGCCUUCAGGGUCCAAAUUCUGUCUGGGCUCCAAAAGUAAGGCAGCACCCAGACAUGUCUAAUGUGAAUUCUCAAGAGGCUCCAACUGGAAUGGCAUUUAUAGAACCUAUUGAGAAAUUUGAGAGGAUAGAAAACGGGGAAGAAUUUGAAGAAGCUACUUCAGGGAAGGAUGCUAAAGAAGAUGGGCCUAAGAAAGAGAUGAAAGAAAGUUGCCCUUCUGAAGAGUCAAAAGAAAGCUGCCCCAAGACAGAAUAUAAAGUAGGGUGCCUAAAAAAAGGGCUUGCAGAUAAUUCCAAAAAGGAGGUAAGAGAAAAUGGCUCCGAAAGAGAGUCUAAGAAGAUAGUAAAAAAAGAUUGUGUAGAGAAUGGCCUUGCACAAGAUUCUGAAGACAAUGACCCCAACAAGGAAUCCGAAGAACACAACCCCGACGAGGAGUUGGAAGAGGAAGACUCAGAGAAAGAAUCAGAUGUAGACCGCUCUGAAAAACAGUCUGAAGAAGGCUCCAAAAAAGGAAUAGAAGAAAAUGGCCUGGAUAAAGAUGCUGAUGAGGAUGGCUCUGACAAAGAAUUAGAAGAAAAUGGCACCGACAAGCCCAAAUGUGAUGAAGGUUUUGAGAGUGUGUUGGAUGAGGAAGGCUCUGACAAAGAUUCAGAAGAAAAGGAAGGAGGUAUGUGUGAGGUUUUUGAUGAUGAGAAGGAGGAAGAAGGUGCAGAUGAAAAAGAGGGUGAAGAUUCUGAUGAGGAAGAAGAAAAAGAAAUCCAAAUGAAAGUUGAAGACUGAGAUGAAAAAAAAGAGGAAGAAGAUGCAGAUCUAAAGGAAGAUGAAGGUGACAGUGAGACCUUGUUUGAGGAUAACAAUUUCAGUGAGAAGUUACUUGAUGAAGAGGAGGGUUCCAAUAAGAAGUUGUUUGAUGAUUCUGAUGAAAGAGGGACUGUAGUGAACAUGAAGGAAGAAGGGUCUCGGUCUACAGGCAGCAGCUUUGUUCUCCUAGUGAUGGUAACAGACGAUGAAGAGGACAAUGAUGAUAUUUAAUCCCUUUCACUGGCUUCUAGGGACAGCCCUCUAUCUCCAUCUGCCUGUGCUUCAUGGUCAUUACUAGUAGUGUUAGAUGAACAUGUACAUAGUGGUAGGGCGCAUAAUGCAUUAUGUGUUGAAU